CGCACAUAUAGAAAGUAACAGGGGGGAGAGGGUUACUCGUCGCGUUGCUUGAUAUAAAAACCACCGCACUGAGAGGUGUCUCUGGCUGAGCUGCAUUUCUCUCUUAGCUAAUCAAAACCAAAACGAAGCCGUUUUGGCCACAGCAAACCCUAUCUACUAGACUACUUACCCAUCGUUCUCCGAUUCAGAUUUCUAUGCUUCUCUUCUCCGGUCAUUAGAAGCCUAUUUCUCAUCGCAUUUUGUGUUUCUUGUACAAAUCCGAUCCUAGAUAACUUGAGACCAGAAUAUCCCAAUCGAGUUUUGGGAAAAAAAAAUCCUUCUAUCGUCUCUUUUCCAAAUUGUCUGCUUUGUCAAAUUAGAUUCAAUUUUUGUUUAGGGAAUCGUCCUCGUCUAAAGAAAUCGGAUCCUAUUAUCCAUACAGAAGAGAUCAUUGUUGUUUUCUUUUUCAUUUUUUCGUUUGGUAACACUUUUGCUGCUUUGAAGCUGGUGUUUGGUUAACAGGAAGAGGAUAUACUGGGCGCAUAGAAGAUAUGGUGGGAGGUGGAAGCAGGAGAGACGAGUCGCUGGCGAUAAACAGCACAAAUGUGUUUGCGGCGCUUGGGAGCUUGAAGAAGAAGAAGAACAAAGAACAAGGCACCUCGAAGAGCAAGGGGUCCACCGCGAAAAAGGCAGCGAAGGAACCCGAGAAGGAGGUUUUCUGGGCUCCCGCGCCGCUCAGGGUGGAGUCUUGGGCCGACGUGGACGAUGAUGAUGAUGACGACUUCUACGCCACUACCGCGCCUCCCUCAUCCGCAUGGGGGCCCCCUGGGGAUUCCAAGUCCCCGAAGGAGAAUGAGGCUGCAGUGGAGGAAAGUGAAAGUGAGGAUGAAGGUCUUUUUGAUGGUGACGAUGAUGUUGAUGAAGAGCACGAGAUUGAACCUGAGCCCCCUGUAGAGGUUGAGCCUGUUGUUAAGAAGCCUGCUGAUAUUCUAGCGCAAAAAGAAACAGAUAGACAGCUCUCAAAGAAGGAGUUGAAGAAGAAGGAGCUUGAGGAACUUGAUGCUGUUCUUGCUGAGUUAGGAAUAGGACAGUCUGGAAGGGAAACGAGUGGUCAAGAUGACUCCUGUGGAGUCGCACAAGAGAAGAAAGCAGAGAAUAAUGUUGAAGCGAAAAAGGAGGGUGCCCCUGGAGAGAGCAAAAAUGCAAAAAAGAAGAAAAAGAAGGAUAAAUCUUCAAAGGAGGCAAAAGAAUCAUUGCAGGAGCAACCUGAUGGAUCUGAUGUUAAGAAUGAGGGAGAUGAAGUUGCUGCUGCUGAGAAGGUAGACGAUACUUCUACUAUUGAUGUCAAGGAGAGAUUGAAGAAAAUGACUUCUACGAAGAAGAAAAAAUCAACCAAAGAUAUGGAUGCAGCUGCUCGAGCUGCUGCUAAUGAGGCUGCUGCAAGGAGUGCAAGGCUUGCUGCUGCAAAGAAGAAGGAGAAGAAUCACUACAAUCAGCAGCCAGUGCGGUAAGCUGGCAAGUUCCUUGGUGCUCUAGUUUUUUCUUCUUUUUUCCAAUUAUGAUAUAAGAGCAUGUACUUUCUCUUUGUUCAUUCUGUUUAUGUGAAAUAAACAUCAGUCAUUUGGUUUUGUGGAGAGGAUUUUGUUUGGUGCGACAGUUCUGGUUCUUAGAGAUGAUAUUGCUUCCUUAGGUUUUUGUUUCUUUCUUCCAGUGGGGACGAUAUUGUGUUGUGGAUGCAGAAUGCAAUAUAGAUCUUCUUACCUUCUUUUUUUUUUUUUUUUUUUUCUGGAAAGGGCAAUAGAGAUCUUACUUAGUUAUAA